AUGGGAAGUAGUGAAGAGUUGGUGUUUUGUGUGGAAACACAAAACACAGUUCCUGCACCAUUUCUCACAAAGACUUACCAGCUUGUCGACGACCAUCGGACCGACCACAUUGUGUCUUGGGGUGAAAAUGAAACCACCUUUGUCGUUCGGAGAAUCCCCGAGUUUGCCAAGAAUCUUCUCCCCAAGUAUUUCAAGCACAACAAUUUCUCCAGCUUUGUCAGGCAGCUUAAUACUUAUGGAUUUAAGAAAGUGGUAGCAGAUAGAUGGGAGUUUGCAAAUGAGAAUUUCAGGAAAGGAGCGAAGCACCUUCUAUCAGAGAUCCAUAGAAGAAAAACCCACAGAAACCACCAUGAACGACAACGACAACCUCAACAGUUGUUUCUCAAACCAGAAGACAGCUUCGGUUGGAUCGAGUCUCCAUCGUCAUCUCCGACAGGAAGCAGUACUACCGAUAUUCUUACAGCACUUAGCCAAGAUAACCAGCGACUACGCAGAAAGAACUACAUGCUAGUAUCUGAACUCACUCACAUGAAGCGCCUUUACAGUGACAUCAUUUAUUUCAUCCAAAAUCACGUCAAACCAGUGCCUUGUCGGCCAAACGACAAAAUCAUUGAAUUGGGUGGUCCAUUACAAGAUUCAAUCCAUAUUUCCAGCACUGAAACUGCUAAAAUCAGCGUUUUAGGCAACUCAUCUUCAGUGACUCUAUCGCAGGAGCCAAACAACAGUACCGUGAAGCUUUUUGGAGUUCCUCUCAUUGAUAACAAACGGUAA